CCACCAGUAGUUUUAUCUGAGCCCAAAUACUUUAAAAUUAGACUUCAGUAUUCUCAGAACCCACCCCUGUUCACUGGGCGGGGGCCGACUCUCUGGGGUACGUGAUGCGCGUGCGCAGAAUGGUGCUUCUCGGCUGCCGUACUUCGCUUUUCCACGUGGGAGAAAGGUUGUCAUGGCGGCCGUUCGGAAGCCGGUGCUGCUCGGGCUCAGAGAUCUGGCUGUGCAUGGCAGCCCCACGGGGCCAGGUGCCUGGACUGCUAGCAAGCUGGGCGGCAUUCCGGAUGCCCUGCCUACCGUAGCAGCGCCGAGGCCUGUGUGUGCACGCUGCCAGGAGCCGCUAACUCUGGUCGUGCAGGUGUACUGCCCGCUGGAAGGCUCCCCGUUUCAUCGGCUACUGCACGUGUUCUCCUGCGCGCGUCCCGGGUGCGGCGACAGCGGGGCGUGCAGUUGGAAGGUGUUCCGCUCCCAGAGCCUGCAGGUGCAAGAGAGAGAGGCACAGGACGUUCAGAAACAGGAAAAUGGCCUCAUUGCUGAGAACUGGUGUGAAGGUGCAAAUGACUGGGGAAGUGACAGUGAGGAGGCACCUCCACCACAGCUCACCUUGGAUUUUCAUGAGUCUAACUGUGCCACAGAUGUGGACUGCACUGCCCAGCUCCAAGACCUCUGCCUGCGGGACACUGUCCCGGAUGCUGCUCAUUCUGUACCUCCAGGGGGGAUGACCUUGCCUACUGUAGUGCCACAGUUCCUGCCCUACUACAUCUGUGUCAUAGAUGAGGAUGAUUACAGAGAUUUUGUCAGUCUAGAACAUGCCCACAGCCUUCUGAAGGACUAUCAACAGAGAGAAGAAUUGGCACAGAACAGUUGCUUUCCCAAAGGUGAGAAUGUGUACUGUUUUUCUAGUAAUGGUGAAAAAUAUGAGAAGACCAAAUUAAAGUGGAGAUCAAAUAUUUACAAAUUCAUGAAGAGAAUUGCUCCUUGCCAGGAGCAGAUUUUGAGGUAUUCUUGGAGUGGAGAACCACUCUUUUUGACUUGCCCUGCAUCAGAAGUCACUCGUGUCCCACCCUGUAGCCACUGUGGAGGACAAAGGAUAUUUGAAUUUCAACUUAUGCCAGCACUGAUCAGCAUGCUUCAAAGUGCUAAUUUAGAUCUUUCUGUGGAAUUUGGAACAAUUCUAGUUUAUACGUGUGAGAAGAGUUGCUGGCCUCAAAAUCAUCAGACUCCCAUGGAAGAAUUUUGUAUUAUACAAGAAGACCCAGAUGAAUUACUGUUUAAGUAGAGAAUUCCCUUUUAUUUAUAUAAAUUAAAACAAAUGUUAAUAUCCAAAUAUAUGUGUUUACUUUA